UGUAGUGGGUGUCUUCCUUUCUGUGCAAAUACUGACUUUUUUCCCUUUAAUCUCUACACAGCGUUGGGGGCAGCCUAUGGAACGGCGAAGAGUGGCACAGGCAUCGCUGCGAUGUCUGUCAUGAGGCCUGAGCUGAUCAUGAAGUCUAUCAUUCCUGUGGUCAUGGCUGGUAUCAUAGCUAUCUAUGGACUGGGUAGUGGCAGUGCUUAUUGCAAACUCUCUCACAUUGGACAUCUCAUUAUACAAUCUAGGAGCUUCUUACAGCUAGUGUGCUGGCCUCAGUGUAGGAUUGAGUGGCCUUGCUGCUGGGUUCGCCAUUGGCAUUGUGGGAGAUGCAGGUGUGCGGGGAACAGCACAACAGCCCCGACUAUUCGUAGGCAUGAUCCUGAUCCUCAUUUUUGCUGA